AUGGACCCUGAAACUGUUGCAGAGUGGUGCCAAACCCUAAACAUCAACACAGACCAUUGUCUAGCACUGCUACUUCCUAAAGAAGAUUUUACUACUAGGCAAAUAUAUCAAUUAAUGGAUGAAGUCAUUCCCCAGGGUCGUUGUUUCAUAAGAGGCAUGAAGAAAGAUGAUGUUACUGCUACCACAAGUGUGUUGCUGGAGUGGGACUGCCGAGUAAUAAACCUAAAUGCACCACCUACAGUAGAGUUUGGUAAAGAGGGCCACAAAGCUCGGUUAGUUUUCCCCACUGAAGGGUCACCAGAAGGGGGAUCUCCUACAUCUACUGCAAAUGAGCCACCUUUGGCUGUGUCCACAACAAUAGGACCUGACUUCAUUACUGCCCUAGGUGACUUUGUUGAGAAAUGUACAAAGGGCAGCAGCCCCUAUAAUGGGAUUGGUUAUCGUAAACUGCGGUUCUUCUCUGGAUCCCAGCCUGUUCCUACAGGUGAGGAUAAUUAUGAGUCUUGGAUGGAACAGUCUAUGCAAGUAUUGGAUGAAUGGGAUAUUCCUGAGGCCCAUAAGAAACAAAGAAUAGCUGAAAGUCUGAGAGGAGCAGCUGCAGACACUGUGCGGAAUCUGAAGUUAAGUAAACAGGACUGCACUGCCUAUGAUUAUCUGCAAGCUUUGCAAGAUGUGUUUGGCAGAACUGAAAAUGCUGCUGAUCUACUUUACCAGUUUGAGCAUACUUAUCAGGGGCAUGGAGAGAAAUUGUCAGACUAUAUACAACGUCUAGACAAAAUCCUUCAUCAGAUAUUGUUAAAGAAGGGCUUGGAUCCAAAGUUGGUGGACAAAGUGAGAGUGAAACAGAUCCUACAGGGAGCUCAACCCCUUGAUCCCAUAAUGCUGAAGUUGAGGAUGAAACAAGGGGAGGAAACACUCACGUACAAUCAGCUAAUAAAAGAAGUCCGAGAGGAGGAAGCCAGGCUAGAGGUCAAAGGGUCGAUGGUGGGUGCCAGCUCUUAG